AGAGAGGCCUGAACGCUAAUCGGAAAAAUCACGGCAGCAGGUGUACGGAAAAAUUGUGCCGCACUGGAAAACCGAGUUUCCACAUAAUUUUCAUACGCCUUGACGUGCCGAUAUGUUCACAGACAAAUCGCAGUGUGCUUUGUGAGAUAUGUGCGUUCGCAAACGAUAUUUACCCCGGACUGAUGCUAUUUCUGAUGCGUCAAUCGAAUACUCUUGCUUGGACAGCAAUUAUCUGAAAGGGGGCAGUUUCACUACGAUCAAAAGAGUCAGUCUGCUACCAAGCAGCUUUAAUCCUAAAGCGUACUCGCCAUUUUCCCGCGACUCUUCCGUAGACGACAGUCGACAUCACUCUCUGACUAGCGCUUCAUCUUUCUCGACGUCAACAUCACGGAUGCAUAGUCAGAGAUCGGUGGAUUCCAGAGCGAGCAUUUCCAGUCUCUGGUCCAGCGAACUGUCAGCCUCAUCCCGAAGGGACUCUGAGGCUAUCCCAGAGCACGAAGUCGACUCCACGACGACGGACUCUCGCGCUACCUGCAACGGCCGGAGGUACUCCGACACGGCCAGUAAUAAGAGGAGGAGGUCAUCAGCUAGGUUAGCUGCCCAGAUAAGGAGGUACGUGAGGAGGGCGCCACCGUUCAGUCACGACAGGAGGAGGACGACGGGAAGGUUAGUAUAA